GUUUUCCAAGGUCAACAUUGGUGUUCACAACUCCUUGUAUCGCAACUACUAUAAUGACCCCCAGCAGCAUGUCACAUUCAGAUUCAUGGAUUCCAAAGGAUUGUCAGGUGUUAUCCCGACGACGGGAACCAGGCGAAUGCAGAAUAUGGCCCGGAUGAACACUACAAGCACGGUAGAACGGCUCACUAGUCAGCCUAGGAAGAGAUCCCGAGAUGACAGCCACGAAGAAUUCCAGCAGCACGGCAAUCAUAGUCCCAAACGUCACAAUACGACAAUUCGGACAUCAACAGAUGAUCUCUGCGAAGAGUGCACAAGUAUAUACUGGGACGCAUUGGACGAAUGGCUUGAUCCUACAGGAAGCUGGUCGUGGUGGGGUAAGCCGGUAUGUCUAGUUGGGAAACGUUUUCGAUAUGUACCCGCCAAUGCAGCGUGUCCAAUGUGCCGUCAGUUACGUGCGCCUUGGAUAGAGCCUUUACUUCGAGAGCGAAAUCCUUACGACUGGAAAGAAAAGGACAUUGGCGACGAAAUCCAUAUAUUUCGUAAUCUUCGACACUUACCCCACGUCAACGAUUUCCCUGAAGCAAGAGCGAUUCUUCGGCAGCACAACGCUCCAUUCCAUAUUGCCGUCGUCCCAAUCGGUAAAGGUCAUAAAGUGGGCUGGAAAGAAAAGUUGCGAGAACAUAUCGCUGAGAAUGGAAUGGUUGUAGUCAUGCCAAAUAGGGAACAAGCUGAAGAGGAGGUGUUGUUUCCACAACAGGUCUCUCAAAAGUUCAACACGGAUUUUGUGAAACCUCUUCUCAAGCGUUGCAAAUUCCACCGAGAGCUCUGCAAUCCCAAACCACCCAUGGUCAAGGGAAUGAAGGUUAUCGACUGUCAGCCCUCGACGCCAAUCAUCCGCAAUCAUUGCCAAGAGGACAAAUACAUUGCUCUCAGCUAUGUCUGGGGACCUUCAACCCAUACGGAGUCUUCAGAAAUGUCACGAGGUUCGACCUCUGCGGCAGUGAGCAAUGCUCUGGCAAUCAGAACAAGACCGCUACAAGCCACAACUCACAAUCAGCGCCAUAAUCAUGAUACAGAAAACCAUCGAAUCAAGGACUUGUUCCUAGUAAGGAAUUAUUCUGGUAUGAUCACAAACCUUCCUGCGACUACCGCAUCGAAAAGAGUUCCGCGACGACGUCUUCCCGCUGAGAUUCCCUUGACAAUCAGCGAUGCUAUUAUUGUUACCAAGGCAUUGGGCUACCGCUAUCUUUGGAUUGACAAAUACUGCAUUGAUCAGGACAAUGAAGAGGAAAGGCAACAGCAGUGUAGUCAGAUGGGAGAUAUCUACGCUGGCGCCCACUUGACCAUUUUCGCCCUGGGAGAAGAUUCAGGCGCCGGCUUGCCAGGCGUGAGCACCACUCCUCGAUUGUGGAGGCGGCAGUCCACAACUGUUGGCAAGUACAAGUUCAUGCAUACACUUCAAGACCCGCAAGAUUCCAUCGAGCAUUCAAAGUGGGCGACUAGAGCCUGGACGUAUCAAGAGGGCCUGUUCUCGACGCGGCGUCUAUUCUUCACCGACCAACAGAUCUAUUUUGAAUGUAACGCGAUGAACAUCACGCAGAGCUUCAAAACCAACUUGAAACCUCUGCACAUACUAUCUAGCCAGCGAUUCCGAGCACUUAACCGUGCCGGAAGCUUUAUCUGCGGGAAUUCAAACCAGUUUUCACAUGUCAAUGUGAAGAAAAAUACGGCAAAUCACCGCAAGGUUGAUAUUAUACGUCAAUGUCAAUGGCAAACGCGAAAGUACACGAAAAGAGAGUUGACCAACAACGACGACGUACUGAAUGCCUACUCAGGCCUCGCGCACUUCUAUGCCAAGUCAUCGGCGCAAAUAUACAGUCUAGCAGGUAUAACUAUUCCUUUUCCAAUGGCCAAGCUACCCAAUCGUGAGCCGGAGUAUCUAGACCAUCUCAGCUAUGCUCUGGCAUGGUCGCAUUGCACUUGGGUAGCCGCCGAUACUCCUGCGCCGCAGCCACAACGCCGAUUUGGGUUUCCCUCGUGGUCUUGGGCUGGCUGGAUUGGGGAGGUUGGUUUCAGAGGCGACCUUCCUUAUGGCUGGACAAGCACCCUCACAUCUGUGGCGAUUCGUUUCCAGAACGGGAUGACCAUUGAUUACCAGUGGUUGUUCGGAAGGAGACCUCAGAACGAUGAUGUCUUCCGCAUGCUUUUGACGGCCAAAGUUCUGCAUUUUGAUGCGCAUGUCCUCGAUGUCUCAAACAUCGUAUUCUAUUAUCUAGAUUGGCGCACGUCACAACCAAAACAAUCACGGAGGAUUCACCUGCACAUGUCCGACGACCGUUGUGACUUUAAGGAGCUACGAAGGAAGCUCAUGACAGGUGAGUAUGAGUGCGUGGUGCUGGGGAGGCAUUCAGAACCCCGCAAGAAGAUUUUCGACGCUAUCAAAGCAUGGGAUCGUAAGGGGCCAAAGGCAAUGAGACGUCGUAUCGAGGAUAUCACCAGGAAGCCUCGCGAACCACAUGCCUUGGUCUGUCUCAUCGUACGUACAAAUGCGAAUGGGGAAUCGGAUCGCAUCGGGUUGAUCAAAUUUGAGCUGGCGCAUUUUGGAAUGGAUAUAUUAAACUUCGGUGAAAAGAGAAGGUUUCUGUUAAAGUAGCGUAGUUUCAAUGGUAGGGUCUAGCUGAUUUUGAGAUUCAUUACUUGAAGGGAUUCGGGAUCAAGGUUUACUUACGGAGUAUGUAGCGGGAGAAAGCAAUUGUUAUGGUGGAGAAGCGGCGUUGCGAAGUUCCCGUGGGUCCCUU